AUGGAUACUAUUAUGAACUCGGACGGCCAUACCACUCCUCCUUCACAUCAUCAUCACCGUAACCAGCAGGGCUCCAAGUCUAGUCUUGGUGAUGUCAAGGCCGGCACGAAGGUUUGGGUAUUCUAUCAGAUGCAGAAGGGCCCUAGAGACCCUGCUUGGUUCGCUGUGGACACCCACGUACAGGGCUAUAACAGGCCACAAAUCGGGUGGAGCGAUCGAUGGCAACCAGCAGUGGUCAUCCAGGACUUCAAGGAGACCGAUUUCAAUCCUGCUAAACACGACACUUAUGUCAAGGUACGAUAUGAACACCGUAUAUGGUUUGAUCGGGAACAGGAUGUGCUGAAUACCACGGAUACUAGGAACAUAGAGCAAGCCUAUUACCCUGGAGAUGUCCGUCUCACGUCCCCUCCGACCCCCAGCCUCUCUAUCUUCGUGGUGCGUUGGGGUAAUCCCAAUUUCGGUAUAGUGAACGACUACGACUGGGAGAGUUGGGGAGAGGCUGGCUCUAACGUCUCGGAUACUUACAUCUGCCACAUGAUGCAGAAGGGCAUAAGGAAGGUUGCCAGGAACGAUUACGAGGUCCUCAGUGCCUUCGUCACGAAUGCUGAUGAUCUGAGGAAAAUCAGCCCGCUAGCGAUCAGACAAAUGCUCACUGGUCGCCAUAAGGCGGCGAUGUACUUCCUCUGGCCCACUGCAUUCGAGGAUAACAUCAGUGAUGCUGGUGGUUACAUUGACAAGGACGCCUUCUUCGAGCUGAUGGUCGGCAUCGAGGCGAUGGGAGUCCCCACCAUGUUCCCUCAUCCUAGCCAUCUGCUGGAUACCAUCGUGUCGAAGGCUUUCUAUGCUCAUCUCUGUACAAUACCCGACCUUCACCUGCCCCCUACGACCCGCGUUUCUCGUGGCCACGUCGUCGCCUCCCCAGACAGUGCAGCCAGACUCACUUGGGAGCGGCUGUCGGCGUUAUGCGAUAUGACCAGUGGUGGAGCUCAGAAGAGGAACCCUCUUCCUCGAGGUGCAAUCGCCAAGCUUGGAUACUCCUGGGAGGCUGCUGAUGUUAGAACUUGUGAUAAUAUUGGGGAACUGUCUUAUCAAAUGCUUGACUUGUUCGAACAGAAGGGUUGCAAGGUCGACUCGGUAUUCGUCCAACAGAGGGUGCCAGUAGAUUUGGAAUUACGGAUGUUCGUCGUGAACGGAAAAGUUGAGAGGAUCCUUUAUACUAGGUUCCGAGCUGUGAACUCAGCUGGUCUCUUUAUCGACUUCGAACACGAGACUAAGACUGUCGAAGCCGCGAAGAAGUGGUUCCGCGGCGACGUACCGAGAAUGCAGGAGGUGGAGCGAAUUUGCUUUCACAUUAUUGACCAGUUUUACAAAUGGAUGGACACAGAGAGCGUCUACGGCAGCCCGGCCAACCGUUUCGACUUCUUGGUCGGUUACGAUAGAGAUGAUGGCACAUCGGGUCCUAGUGUCUAUCUCGGUGAAGUUGGCGAACUAGGGUUCAGUAUGGUAGACUUUCCUGAAGGUCCCCGUAAGGUCUUCAAAGAGGUCGGCAUACGAUGCCUGAAGACCACCCAAGAGUGUAGUGAUGAAUCGUGCUGCUGUCGACCGUUCUCAAAUUGGAGUCCCAAGAGGAAGCGUAAUGAGGAGUAGAGUGAGCCUC